AUGGGGAACGACGAUAAGUUCGAAUACGAAUCCCUUCCAAUCCCAUCUUAUGAAGAGGCUAUCGGCGCUCGUCCGGGCUCUUCCCGAUCACACCUCGAUUCUUCCGAUGAAGUCAGUGACAACGCCGAAAGACAAGGUCUACUUCAGCGCGGCCCUCAAACCGGUGGCCGCGCAGAAUCUCGACACCAUGGAUAUCGACCUCCCACCGUCGAGUCCGCCCGGAAUAGCCUCGAUGACCUCGAGUCGGCAUCCGGCUCGGAUAGGGGCUCGCUCGAGGAGUUGCAGCGGGAACUGGAUCAGAUGGACGUGGAGGAUGCCGGCCAUCAAUCGUCAUCUCAACGUUCUCGCCUACGGUCUCGAUUCUCGAAGCGAUUCAACGAUUUGACCCGUACACUCUCUUCGUUCAAUCUACCCCUACGUCGUUAUCUGCCAACGCUGCCAAGUUUCCGAUUCACCGUCCACCUAGACGAAGCUCGAUCGGGCCUGAAGCACAACGGCUGCAUGAUCUUGCUGCGCGUCUUCGGGUUGUUGCUGGUUGUCACUGUUGUCUAUGUCUUCUUCAUCUCGGAUCUUUUCAACACGAAUAACCGAUUCGUCAUGGGACAGUCUUAUAGCGCGGCAUCCGUGGAGAAUUUUGUGCAGGGACAUAUCAACGAAACCAGCAUUGCAGAGAACUUGGAGAAGUUGACCGCAUAUCCCCAUAUUGCUGGCACGGAAGGCAGUUUCGUUCUGGCGGAAUGGGUCGCAUCGGAGUUCAAGCAGGCCAAUUUCGAUGAGGUCGAGAUGGAAGAGUUUCAGGUGUACUUGAACUACCCCCGGCAGGAUGGUCGGAAGGUGGUGAUUAUUGAUCCUCCCGACCUGGCCUGGGAGGCUGCCUUGGAGGAGGAUAAUGAGCGGACUCCGGUAUUCCAUGGUCAUUCUAAGUCCGGGAAUGUUACCGGCCACCUCGUGUACGCCAAUUAUGGCUCCCGGGAAGACUUUCAAUAUCUCGCCGAUCAAGGAAUUAACCUGAGCGGCUCCAUAGCGCUGGUUCGUUAUUAUGGAACAGAGACCGAUCGGGCCCUGAAGGUCAAAGCUGCAGAACUGGCUGGUGCAGCUGGUUGUAUAAUAUACUCUGAUCCGGCCGAGGAUGGUUAUGUUCAAGGCCCUGCAUUUCCAGAAGGACGUUACAUGCCAGCAGAUGGCACACAAAGAGGGGCUGUCAGUCUGAUGUCAUGGGUAGUUGGAGACGUCCUUUCACCAGGUUUCGCGUCGACACCAGACGAGAAGAAGAGGCUCAAGCCCGAGGAAAGCUUGGGCUUGACCAAUAUCCCUAGCAUCCCUCUCGCCUGGCGUGAUGCUCAAAGGCUCUUGCAGGUGCUCAAGGGUCACGGAUUGAAGGUGCCGGCUCAAUGGGUUGGUGGUGUCCCAGACGUGGGUCAAUGGUGGACCGGAGACGCAUCGUCCCCCACUAUCAACCUCGUGAACAUCCAAGAUGAGGUAGAAAGACAGCCCAUUUACAACGUGGUGGGGAGGAUCAUUGGGCUAGAACAGCCGGAGAAGAAAAUCAUUGUCGGUAACCACCGAGACUCGUGGUGUUUAGGGAGCGCAGACCCGGGCAGUGGCACAGCUGUUUUUCUAGAGCUUGCUCGAGUCUUUGGAGAGUUGCUUACGUUUGGUUGGCGCCCACUGCGCACCAUCGAAUUUAUCAGCUGGGAUGCAGAAGAGUACAACCUUGUUGGCUCGACGGAGCACGUUGAGAAGGAUUUGCAAGCUCUUCGCGAGAAUGCGUACGCCUACAUCAACGUCGACGUCGGUGUUAGCGGGAAAGAAUUCGAGGCCGCGGGAAGCCCCUUAUUCGAAGGUAUCAUCAUGCAGAUCCUAGGCCGGAUCUCGGACCCUAUCAGCAAUGAAUCGCUAAAAGAUCUGUGGGAGAAGAAGAAGAAGAGACUUGGGCCCCUUGGUUCUGGCAGCGAUUACGUGGCUUUCCAGGACAUCGCUGGAACCUCCAGUGUGGAUUUCGGCUUCACCGGCGCACCGUUUCCGUACCACAGCUGCUAUGAGAACUGGGACUGGAUGGUCAAAUUCGGGGACCCCGACUUCCAGUACCACAAGGCUUUGGGCCAGUUCUGGGGCUUGCUAGUUCUCCAACUUGCAGACAGUCCCAUCCUGCCAUUCGAUUUGGAAGCAUAUGCGGACCACGUUGGUAGCUAUGUUACCGAUAUUGAGAAUUAUGCCAAGUCAAGAAAUGUCCCGGUUGCUAAUGGCGCUCCUGAGAACGCUGUCCGGGAUGUAUCUGUGACCUUCAAGCCCAUGUAUGAAGCAGCAGCGAAGCUCAAGGACGACACGGCACAAUUCCAAAAAUGGGCCCAGAUAUGGCAUGAUGCUGUCUGGGGAGCCGGCGGUUAUGAGAAUAACGUUAUUGCGGUUCAGCGGCUGUCGCAUAAUACGCGGAUGGCUCAUUUCGAAACCCAUCUUCUAGACGACAGGCCAGAUGGCGGUGUUCCGAACCGCACACAGUUUAAGCACGUUAUCUUCGGCCCUGAGCUCUGGUCCGGCUAUGAUCCCACACUCUUCCCUGCCAUUCGAGAUUGCAUCGACUCUGGAAAUUGGACACUGACCCAGGAGUGGAUCGACCGGGUCUCCAAUAUCAUUAGCGACGCGAGCGACCACCUCGUGCAUAAAUCCUGA